AUGGCGUCCGGAGGUGGCUCCCUGGGCUUCGUAGCCUGCCUCUUGCUGCUUCAGCCGAAGCCCUGCGAGGCCUGGGCAGCUGCCUCCAUACUCUCUACUUCCGGUUUCCCCUCAGGGCUCAGUGAAUCUCCGGGGGAAAACUCACCGCCACCUACCCCGGUGCACACGUCCAAAGUGGCCUCCCAGGGGUCUACCACCCGCUUUCCUUUCACGAACUUUUCCAUAGUGUGUGGCCAACCCUUGAUGAAAAUCAUGGGAGGGGUGGAUGCGGAAGAGGGAAAGUGGCCCUGGCAAGUGAGCCUUCGGGUCAGACACAUGCACGUCUGCGGAGGAUCCCUCCUCAACUCCCAAUGGGUGCUGACUGCGGCUCAUUGCAUACACAGCCGAGUCCAGUACAACGUCAAGAUGGGCGAUCGGAGUGUCUACCGGCAAAAUACAAGUCUGGUGAUUCCCAUCCAGAACAUCUUUGUCCACCCUAAGUUCUCAACAACUACCGUUGUCCAAAAUGACAUUGCCCUUCUCAAGCUCCAACAGCCCGUGAAUUUCACCUCUAGCAUCCAUCCUAUUUGUGUCCCUACGGGGACUUUUCAUGUGAAAGCGGGAACCAAAUGCUGGGUGACAGGAUGGGGCAAACCAGAUCCAGGUGCACCACAAAUUCCGACAGAAAUUCUCCAGGAGGUGGACCAAAGCAUCAUCCUUUAUGAGGAAUGUAAUGAGAUGUUGAAGAAAAUGGCAUCGACUUCUGUUGAUCUUGUCAAGAGAGGCAUGGUCUGUGCUUACAAAGAAGGAGGAAAGGAUGCUUGCCAGGGGGAUUCUGGAGGCCCGUUGUCCUGUGAAUUUGAUAACAGAUGGGUGCAGAUAGGAGUUGUGAGCUGGGGCAUUGGCUGUGGUCGCAAAGGACACCCUGGAGUUUAUACAGACGUUGCCUUCUACAACAAGUGGCUAAUCACCGUGGUGAACCAGACUGCUUGUUUGCAUCCAGUGGUCUUCCUCAUCUUACUGCUGUGUUUGCUGACCUUGUGACAUCCUGUGGACAUGGUGAUGGCUCAUCUCAUUCCCAUCCUCUCUCGGAGCCCCUCUCGACUGACCUUCCCAAUACCCUUUCUUCAAAUCCUAUUUGAGGAUCCCUU